GCUGACGGUCUCUUUUCCGUCAUUGGUCUCGUAGAAGACACACUUGAUCGAAAUGGCGUCUCAUAAAACGUUCCGCAUCAAGCAAAAGCUUGCCAAGAAGCUAAAGCAAAAUAGACCCAUUCCGCAAUGGAUUCGUAUGCGCACGGGUAACACCAUCCGGUACAACGCCAAGCGCCGUCACUGGAGACGCACCAAGCUGAAGCUGUAAGCGGCUCGCAUAUCCCGGUAUUGUUUACCAUCGAGUUCUGGUGCGGUGCUGUUUAUUGUGAAGUUAUAUUGCUAUGCCGUUUCAACUUCUUGUGGCCGCGGUAGAGUUUGAUGGCAUUUUCAAUAUUACCACGAAUGGUGGAUGUUGAGUGUAAGAAUGAAUAAAUAAUUCAUCUCAAGCAAAACACCUCCAA